GAUUCGAUUGGUUUUACGGCAUGACGUGUAGAGUACGUUUUGUUGUGGAGCGCGGCAAACAGAGCCACUGACUGAGAAAGUAGAGAGGCACUGCGCAAAACUACUUUAGUGUCGAACCCAGUUUGGAGCUUAAUCCAACUAAAAGGACACAUGGCUUCAACAAGCAAAGCACCGGCACAGACCAGAAACCUUCCAUGGUCAGUUGGAAAAUUGUUGUUUAUCACAGAUAGCUUGAAACUGUCAAUGUUAGCCAGCUAACAAUCACACUACUGCAGCUGAAGCUAGCUGCUAGCCGCACUAUGUGGAUAUCUGUCAGCAGCGUCAGGUGUAGGAUCUCCAUAAAAAUUGAUAUUUGAUUCUGCAUGGUGUAAAAUGGUGAUGCCGAAUUGAAAAGUGGCUGUCAACAACUCAGAGUUUUUAAAGUUAGCCAAAAACAUAUCGCAUAAGUAUCUAAAACCACGUGUAAGAUGUUAAAAUGUUGUAACUGUAAUGAUGAUCGUUUCUGUACUACAAAUAUCAAGAUAGUGUUUAAAAGCUGCUUUACCGUGUUAGUAUCUGAGUCCCUUUUGCAAAGAAAACAUUGUGAAACGCUGACAAUUAAUGCCCCUGAAGGUAAAUGUAUAAAUCAUGAAGUAAAUUGGAAUCAUUUGGAGUUAAUGGAGAAUGUUUAUAUUCUGUUUUCCCAGGGUUGAAAAGUACAGACCACAAAAGCUUGAUGAUCUGAUCUCACACAGAGAUAUUCUUAGUACCAGUAAGUACCUGAACCAUCACAACAAGUACAAUACAUCACCUCCUUUAGGGUUAGAAAGUAAUCACAUUUACUCAUAUUACUGUAACAGAUUAGCUCUAUGUGUGCAUAAACUUUAGUAUUUUUCCAUCAGUGGUAUUGGCCCUCUCUGACAUUCACAUUGCAUUCAUUGCUGAGCUUUAAAAAAAUCGGGAAAGCUGAACAGCCACUGGCUCCCUAACAGUGUGACUGUCAGCUGAUUGUCUGUUGUCUAAAACCUGGUGGACUAAGAAGGGAUGAAUACCCCCUUGAGAGAUAAAUCUUGCUGACUGCUUGCUUCUCUAGUUAUACCAACUUUAGUAACAACCACAGGAUAGCAAUACACAGCAGUCUGAGGAGCCAUAAACAAACCUCAACCAAAAAGCCACUCUAUAGCCACAAAUAAUGCUCAGAACAGCACCUAACUUCAUCAACAGCAUAGGGUCCCAGCCAUAGUACUAGCCAUCAAACAUCUUUUUAACUUUGCCUGAUUUCUUUAGCAAAGAGACUAAACACAACUCACCUACUCUCUUCCAGCAGCCGCUUGUUUGUAGCGAGACCUCGGGCCAGUCCAUUACGGACUGCUGCAGGGGGCGCAGCUCAAGGAAGAACAUUUAUGAUCAUUUAUCAUUUUCUUGAAGUAAUAAUCACCUUAUUAAUCAUUUUGCACUGCAGGCGUGGUAGUUCUUCUGCCUUAGCGUCUCAGUCUGAUUGCAAUUCCAUGAUCAUAAAUGUUCUUCUUUGAGCUGCUUCACCCCGCUGCAGUAAUGGACUCGCCUGAGGUCUCCGUACAAACAAGCGGCUGCUGGAAGAGAGUGGGUGAGUUGCUAAAGAAAUCAGGCAAAGUUAAAAAAAAGUUUGAUGGCUAGUACUAUGGCUGAGACCCUAUAUGUACUGUUGAUGAAGUUAGGUGCUGUUCUGAGCAUCAUUUGUGGCUAUAGAGUGGCUUUUUGGUUGAGGUUUGUGCGUGGAGACGUAGACCGCUGUGUAUUGCUAUCAUGCGGCCAUUACUUAAGUUGUUAUAAUGAGAGAAGCAAACUGUCAGCAACAUUCAUCUCUCAAGGGGGUGUCUAACUAGAUGUUUGGUGUGUUUGACCCUAAAUUAAUUUUACGCCAGAAUAUCCCUUUGACUAUCGCAGCUGUCAGUCACUGUUGCUGGCUCUUUAUUCUUUGCUGCAGUUGUACUAUAAGUAAUGUUAAUAAUUUUGAUAAUUAAAGGAACAUAAAUCACAUUUUGAAAACACUCCUCACAUUCAGAAUUGAUUUUACCUUUUAACAGGAUCAAAACAUGUUCAAAACAUCACUCUGUCUCUCUUGUGUUCAGUUCAGAGGUUUAUCAGUGAGGACAAGCUUCCUCACCUCUUGUUCUACGGCCCCCCUGGGACAGGAAAAACCUCCACCAUCCUCGCCUGUGCCAGACAACUCUACAAGGACAGAGAGUUCAACUCCAUGGUAUUGGAGGUACUCUGGAGAUUCUUUUUAUAAGCUUUUUUCCCCCCUUGUUCCUUAAGUGUUUGAAGUUCAGGCUUCUUUAUUUAAUACCUGACUCUUUUUCAUCUCAGCUUAAUGCAUCAGAUGACAGAGGUAUUGAUGUUGUCCGUGGUCCAGUUCUGAGUUUUGCCAGCACCAGAACCAUCUUCAAGUAAGACUGAUAGCUGUCACAUACUCUCUGUUGAGAUACAGUGGAUAUAAAAAGUCUACACACCCCUGUUCAGAUGCCAGGUUUUAGUGAUGUAAGAAAAUGACAGCAAGAUAAAUAUUUUUACAACUUUUUCCACCUUAAAUGUGACCUGUAACCAGUACAAUGCAAUUGAAUAACAAACUGAAACCUUUAAGGGAAAAAAUAAAAUAGAAAAGUUAAAAUAACCUGGUUGCAUAAAUAUGCACACCCUUAAACUAAUACUUUUUUUGCAGCACCUUUGGCUUUUAUUACAGCACUCAGUCUUUUUGGGUAGGAGUCUAUCAGCGUGGCACAUCUUGAUGUGGCAAUAUUGGCCCACUUUUCUUUGCAAAACCGCUUCAAAUCUGACAGAUUGCGAGGGCAUCUCCUGUGCACAGCCCUCUUCAGAUCACUCCACAAAUGUUUGAUGGGUUUGAUUCAGGUCUGGGCUCUGGCUGGGCCAUUCCAAAGUCUCAAUCUUAUUCCGGUGAAGCCAUUCUUUUGUUGAUUUAGAUGUGUGCUUUGGGUCAUUGUCGUGCUGAAAGAUGAAGUUCCACUUCAUCUUCAGCUUUCUAGCAGAAGGCUGAAGGUUUUGUGCCAACACUGACUGGUAUUUGGAACCUGACUAAGGCCCCAGGUCCAGCUAAAGAAAUACAGCCCCAAAGCAUGAUGCUGCCACGACUAUGCUUCACUGUAGGUAUGGUGUUCUUUUGGUGAUUAGCAGGGUGGAUUUUGCGCCAAAUAUACCUUUUGCAAUGAUGCCCAAAAAGUUCAACUUUGGUCAGACCAUAACACAUUUUCCCACAUGUGUUUGGGAGAUUUCAGAUGUCUUUUUGCAAAAUUAAGCCGGGCUUUGAUGUUUUUCUUUGUAAGAUAAGGCCUCCGUCUUCCCACCCUACCCCAUAGCCCAGACAUAUGAAGACAGUGGGAGAUUGUUGUCACAUGUAGUACACAGCCAGUACUUGCCAGAAAUUCCUGCAGCUCCUUCAGUGGUGCUGUCGGCCUCUUGGUAGCCUCCCUGAUCAGUUUUCUUCUCGUCUUGUCAUCAACUUUGGACAGACGUCCUGUUCUUGGUAAUGUCACUGAUGUGCCAUAUUUUCUCCACCUGAUGAUGAUGGUCUUUACUGUGUUCCAUGGUAUAUUUAAUUCCUUGGAAAUUCUUUUGUAGCCCUUAUCUGACUGAUAUCUUUGAAUAAUGAGAUCCCUCUGAUGCUUUGGAAGCUCUCUGCAGACCAUGGUUUGCGCUGGAAGAUGUGGCUACAGAAAUAUCAGGAAAAGCCUACUAGAACAGCAGAACUUUAUUUGGGGUUGAUCAGAGGCACUUUAAUUGGUGACAGGUGUGUGCUGACUCCAAUUUAACCUGAGUUUGAAUGUUAUUGGUUAAAUCUGAACACAGCCACAUCCCCAGUUAUUAAAGGGUGUGCACACUUAUGCAACCACAAGAUCUCAGUUGUUUAUUUUUACUUCACCUCCAUUAAAGAUUUCUGUUUGUUUUUCAAUUAUGUUGUACAGGUUAUAGGUCACAUUAAAGGUGGAAGAAGUUGUGAAAUUAUUUAUCUUGAUGUAACUUUUUUACAUGACAAAAAUUUUGCAUUUGAACAGGGGUGUGUAGACUUUUUAUAUCCACUGUAUAUCUGUAUCCAUAGAUGUUCUUUCUUUUCUUUCUUCGAGGUAGUUAUAAAAACUGUUGCUUUUGUGUCCAUCCCUCUUGUUCUGAAGGAAGGGCUUCAAGUUGGUGAUACUGGACGAGGCCGAUGCUAUGACCCAAGAUGCCCAGAAUGCAUUGCGGCGAGGUAAGCCAUCUGUUUGGCCGGGCCUUGCCCAGUGUGAGCAUUACGCCUCACUGAGCAGAGAGACACUUUGGCUGCUGGUGAAUAAUAGGGUGGCAGCUUGUUCACCCUGAUAUGUUGUUUCAAAACAACAUUAUAUAUGGGAGAAGUUCAUUUGAAAUCUAGAUUUUUGAAAAAAAAUGUACCAUGCUUUAAGCUAUCAAAGAUUUGUUAGUGGAUGCAGUGAAAGCUGCAUAAUGACUCAAACUUUGAAGUGUAACUUUUAUAAAUGAUUAAAGAAAAGCUGUUGCAGAAGAGGACUCUUAGACGACUGUCAGGGUUGAGAGCCUUCUCAAUCAAUCAAUCAAAAUUUUAUUUAUAUAGCGCCAAGUCACAACAGUCGUUAUCCCAAGACGCUUUCCAAAAAGAGCAGGUCUAGACCACACUCAUUGUCUGAUAUAUUACCAAGACCCAACCUUAAGAUGGGACAGAUUUGACCCAUCUCAUCAAACAUGAGUGACACUGGCAAGGAAAAACUUCCUUUUAACAGGCAGAAACCUUAAGCAGGACCUAGACUCAUGUUAGACAGCCACCCACCGCUGCUGGGUUGGGGUUCUGUUUUUGUAGCUUUCUUCAUUCUCAGUAUUUGAUUUCCUCUCCGCCUCUCCAUCUUUUUUUCCGACCAGUGAUCGAGAAGUUCACAGAGAACACUCGCUUCUGUCUCAUCUGUAACUACCUCUCGAAGAUCAUCCCAGCCCUCCAGUCUCGCUGCACCAGGUUUCGCUUCGGCCCGCUGUCCUCGGACCAGAUGAUCCCUCGGCUGGAGUAUGUGAUCCAGCAGGAGAAGUACGUGUUUGCAUUCAUUAAACUAUUAUUACUACUAUUAAACUAUCUGAAAUGUAUCUAUGUGCUCCAACAGUCAACAUGCUUCUAACCAGGGUUCCAGCAGAUCCUUACAGGUCUUAGAGUUACAGAGAGUCUUUUCUCACCUGUUAGAGGUCUUUAAUCUGACUUAUACACAGCAUGUCUAAAUACCUUAUUAGAUUCACACUCUUGAGUUUGUAUUACAUUAUUAUUUUUUGUCUUGAAACCUUGUCUAUGAGAAACCGUGUCAUAUUAAAGCCAUAAUCCAAACUCAUACAUGUAAGUUCAGAAUAGUUCAUAUCAGGUGGAUCAGACGGGUCAUUUAAACCUGGAUGUUUGUAUUUCAGCAUUGAUGUAACUCCAGAUGGAAUGAAGGCCAUCGUGACUUUAUCAGCAGGUGAUAUGAGAAGAUCUCUCAACAUACUGCAGGUACAAACUAAAGCAGGUCUUUAUCCAUCAUUUCAGCCUCACGUCAGAGUUUUCUCCAAGUGUUGAUGUUUCCUCUUCGUAACAGGUUAAACUGAAGAGUACCUCUCUCUUUUUUUAUGAUGACAGAGCACGAGCAUGGCGUACGGGAAGGUGACAGAGGACACAGUGUACGGUUGCACAGGUCACCCCCUCCGCUCUGAUAUAGCCAAUAUCCUGGACUGGUCCCUCAACAAAGACUUCACCACAGCCUACAAACGUAUCCUUCAGCUUACCUUUACUUGUCUCUCUGAAUAAUUGAGUCAGAAAGAUUUCCAGUCUGGUUUUUGUUUCUUUUAACCUCCACACAUGAUCAUGUUGAUUUAUUUCAAACAUGUUUAGAUGUGUUUUUUUUAAACUCCUUAACACUUCAUUCUCAGAAAUCCUUGAGCUGAAAACUUUAAAAGGUUUGGCCCUGCAUGAUAUCCUCACUGAGGUUCAUCUGCUCUUACACAGAGGUGAGGCCACUGCAGAUGUUGUUUUAUUAUUAUUAUUAUUAUUAUUGUCAGCAGCCUCUCCAUAAUCUGCUUCAGUCAUCUUAUUUUUGAUGUGUGAACCAAAGUUAAAUGAAACUUCUUAACCUGAGCUCUGGCUGUUUUUCUCUAUUUAAACUUCUCAGUUUCAUGUUAUUUAAUGUUCAUUAUUUAGAGGUUAAGACUCACUGAGUAAAAAAAAAAUCAGUGCUAAAACAUAAAAUGUAAAGUGUAACAAUAAAUGAAAAUUCAGUAAGUCAGAAGGGGGUUAAAUCCAUCUGCUCCUCUCUACAAAAGGUUUCUGAAUUUUAAUAAAUCUUGGUUUCGGUGCUUCCAGCUCUUUUAGCUGAAGAAGCUCUGAGUCUCAUUUUAAAUACAGCCCUUAGCUUAAAAACUGUAAGAUGUGUGGGCGGUCUGUGAUUAUUUGCCACAAGACUCUCCAGCAUUGAGCCAAAGAAACAUCAACAGUUCAGCUUUAAGAAUCUGAUAUCAUUCCCUUUAUCUGCUUCGAAAUGUUGGUUGUAUAUUUGCUUUGUAUUAGCGAAGGUUUACUGUGAUGAUCCACGGACAAGAGACGCUUUACUGUCUCUGAUGUCUGUUGAUAAGUUUUAGUUGAUUUUAGCAAUUGAAGAUUUAAUUUCAACAUGGUAGAAUUUUCAUCUAAUGUAGAUAACAGAAUUAAAUGAAAUAGAAGAGAAUAGGAUAGAAUCUAAUGUAAUGGGUUAGAAUAAAAUAGAAUGGGGUAUGAAAGGAUAGAAGGCAAGGGAAUAAAAAUGCAGUACAGUAGAGUGAAUUGGAAGUGAAUGAAAUAGACUGGAAUUCAGUGGAACAAAAUGAAUUAGAAUAAAAUAGAAAGGAAAGCAAUGGAAAAACAAAAUAAAAUAAAAUAAAAGGAAACAAAAUAAGAGAAUAAGAUGGAAAAAUAAAAUAGACUGGAAUGGGAAAGAAUGAACUAGGAUAGAAUAGAAUAGAAUGGAACAUAAUAGAUGAAAAUACAAUAGAAUGGAAAAGAAAAAAAUGAAAGAAAUAUAAUUGAGUGGAAUAAAAAAAAUGGAACUGAACUAAGGGAAGGUGAGUAGAAUAAAGUGGGAUGGGAUGGAAUGAAGGAAGGAAUAGGAGGGAAUGUUGGGAAAUGGUGCAAUGAAAAAAAAAAUGGAAUUAAAUGGAAUAUGAAUUCAGUGAAAUAAUAUAGAAAAUUACGUUAUCGUCCAAUUUUGGUGAAUGUCCUUUACAUGCAUGUGCAAAUACAUGCCAUUAUUAUGAUAACAUAUUACAUCAGAUGACUUUUUUAACCAAUAGCUGCUCUUUAAAUAAACAUUCUUAUGUAGCUUCAAUUUAAAGGAACAGUACCACGUGCCGUGCACAGCAGUAGGUAGCAGGCUGACUUUGAAGUGCGUUACUGACAGAGAUGUGUCAUGCCAGCUGGAAUAAUAAUCUUGUUCUGUCCAUAUUAUCUUUGCACAGUUGACUUUGACUCAUAGAUUUGUCUUUAUCUCAAUAAUUGUUUUUCUUUUCCCCCUUUGAAGUGGACUUCCCUCCUGCUAUCCGGAUCGGUCUGCUCAUCAAGCUGGCUGAUGUUGAGUAAGUUGGACCUCUCACAUCUGUUCUUUCAGAGGAAGUGAAGCCUCCAUGAGAACUUCAGAUAUUCACACAAAUGUUGCUCUUGUUCUCACAACUCAUCUCAUCCUCAGACACAGACUGGCCUCAGGAACCGACGAGAAGAUCCAGCUGAGCUCCAUGGUCGCAGCUUUCCAGGCGGUGAGGGACCUGGUGGUCAGCGAGGCCUCAUAGACUCACAAAUAGCUCUAUCAUUUAGAAUCAGCAGGUGAAGUAAAACAGUUCAGCUGUGGCUACCAUGACUUAUGACAGUUCGAUCCAGAUUUCAGCUUAUGGAGUUUGUGUUAUAUGUCCCUUCUUUUUCGUCCAAAACUCUCAAGUUUGCCAAAAAUCUUACUGUAUCUAAGCUUGGGAAAGGCUGAUUUUCUCUUCAGCAGUUCAACAGGUGGUUUCAUGGUUUUGUCGUGAAAUAUCGGAAUUUGUUUAUUUUACAAGAAAAGAUCCAGACUCUGAAAGCUCCCACUGCGUGAUUGCCCACCACCGCUGCACAGAGUCGAUGCUAGCAGCUAAAUGAGUCACUCACAUCUGCAUACAAACCGAGUAACAUGGAAGGCAGCGGUUUGUAGCUGUGGUACAAGACUGAUCUGUCCUUUAGGGCACUUCAAAUAUGGACAUUUAUAAAACAGUGAAGGAUAGACUCAUUGUCGCUGAUAGAAACAACUAAGAAAAAUACAACAGUUUUCAUUGGUGUAAGAAAAAGUCUCGAACAUGUCUGUGUCUUUUGAAUCUGUUUAAUAAAACUAUUUCCUAAAAGUCCA